AUGCAAGUGCCGUUGCUUCGGCUCCAGUGUGGAGUCAACAGUUAUGACUGGGGAAAGGUCGGCCAUGACUCUGCUGCGGCCAGAUAUGCAGCAACGACUGCUACUCCUGACUUCUCCAUAGAAUCUGAGAAGCCCUACGCCGAACUAUGGAUGGGCACUCAUCCCUCCCUACCAUCGAAAGACCUCGCGACGCGGCGGACUUUGCUCGAUAUGGUUCAGGAUAAUCAGGCAUUGAUGUCUACGGAGAUCACAGAAAGAUAUGGAGGAAAACUCCCGUUCUUAUUCAAGGUACUUUCGAUCCGAAAAGCACUCAGCAUCCAAGCCCACCCGAACAAGAAGCUGGCUGAGAAGCUUCACGCCAGAGACCCUCGUAACUAUCCUGAUGACAACCACAAGCCUGAGAUGACCAUCGCGAUUACGCCGUUCGAAGGAUUGUGCGGCUUCCGUCCGUUGGCUGAGAUCGCUCAUUUCCUCAAUGCCGUGGCUCCGCUUCGACAGCUAGUCGGUGAAGACGUCGCCAGUCAAUUCGAAAACACCAUCAGGGGCUCGGAAGACUCGGAGGACCUGGCAGUGACACAGAGGAACAAGGAGGCCUUGCGGAUGGCAUUCACAUCCUUGAUGCAGGCAUCGCCCGAGAGUAUUGAGGCGGCCACCAAGGAGCUCGUCGCUGCAGCGCAGAGCUCCCCUGAUAACUUUGGCACCUCGGCCAGGACGCCCGAAACAAACCCCAGUAAUCCCACGGAGCUGGCCGCCGUCAUCAUCCGCCUGAACGAACAGUUCCCGGAUGACAUCGGUCUAUUCGUGUUCUUCUUCCUCAACUUCGUCACCCUUGCCCCAGGCGAGGCCAUGUUUUUGAAGGCAGAUGACAUCCACGCCUACAUCUCCGGAGACAUCAUCGAGUGCAUGGCAUCAUCCGACAACGUGGUGCGAGCGGGAUUCACCCCAAAAUUCAAAGACGUCCACACCCUCACAGAGAUGCUGACGUAUUCCUAUGCACCGAUCGGGGAACAGAAGCUGGAGCCCAGCGACUACCCCUAUGUAGUACUGAAUGCUACUGCGUACUCCAGCGCCUCUUCGAGCGUUCUCUACGACCCGCCGAUUGAGGAGUUCAGCGUGGUGAAGACGGAGCUCAAGCGGGCCGGUGCCAAGACCACCUUCGAUGGACUGGCCGGACCGAGUAUCCUCAUCUGUACAGGAGGCACCGGAAAGAUCACCGUGGGCCACAAGGCAGAGGAGGUCAAGGAGGGCUAUGUGUUCUUCGUUGGGGCUACCGCUGAAUGUAUUCUCGAGAGCACUGGCGAUGGGACUUUCACUACUUUCAAGGCAUUCUGUGAUCUGACAGGAAAGGAGGACAUGGUGAAUGGACACUAG